AUGCAGAAUAGCAGAUACUGUCUAACUGAAGGUCCGAUAGCUACUUCCUUAUCGUCGUCGUUACACGCAUUCGAAAUUCAAAGUAUGGAUAGUCAGUUCUUAGAUAUGCUCAGAGAGCAAAUAAAUAGCUAUAACAAUAAAGACUCUAUUAAUCCCUUGGAUUUAUCGAAUAAUAGGCAGCCUUUCGGACAAUUCACUUCAAAUUAUAAGGAGAAUCCCACGCCACCGUUAACGAACAAUGACACCUCUAGCCCAGAGUCUAGUGGAUCUCAUAAUAAUUACAAGCUAGAAGAUAAGCGUAAGGCCACAGAUGAGUCAUUCGAUCAAGACAUGAAACCACACAACAUUAAGAAUCCAAAUACAGACAGACGCUCUUCAGGCUCUUCUAAUGAUAACCCUUCGAGUAAAUCAAGUAAGCAGAAUAGCUCACAGAAGCGCAAAGAACAAAAUAGAGCCGCACAACGUGCUUUCAGGGAAAGAAAAGAAAAACACGUUAAGGUCUUGGAGGAUAAGGUCGCUCAACAAGAAGAAGAAAAUAAUAAUUUGAGAGAUUUAUUAUCGAGAUUACAACAAGAGAAUAUGACAUUGAAACAGUCAGCUUUCACUUUCCAAUUCCCUGUACCAAGUCAACAAGCUGGACAGCAAGAUAAACCAAAUAAGUCAUUGCAAAAGUCCCCUUCGCCUUUGCCACAGAUUAGUAAUAAUUUGGAAUAUAGGGAUAGCAAUAUCUUAGAUAAUAACCCAAUAAGCGACUUUAAUAACUUCAGCGGUGGUGACUGGGAUGAUAUAUUAAAUGAUAUCAACUUCCAAGGUGACUUCAUCGUCGAUCAACAACCAAUACCUUCACCUAAGCCGGCUGAAUCCACUCUUGGUCCUCCACCAACUAUAAUCGAAUUGGCACAAGUUUUGGCAAGUCCCUCAGAAAGAUCCAAAUGUCCACAAGUUAAAGCUAAAAUGGAACAAAUGGGUAUCGUACAAAAUGAACAUGAGGAUAUUGAGAAGAUUGGUCCAUAUCUCAUACAAGAAAUCAAGAAGGUCGUCAAGGAAAUUGCAGAAGAGAACAAGGAAUCUGUUGAUGAAGUAGUCAGACAAGCCUGGAAGGAUCUUGGUAAAGAUCAGCAUCAAAUUAAAGACGAGGCAUUUGAUUUGGAUAAUCUCUGCUCGGAAUUACGUUCGAAAGCAACUUGCGGUGUCUCAAAUGCUGAAUGUCAAGCAAAGUUUUUAAGUGCACUAGCACAACGUCAGAAUAAGACAACAGCGACAAGCUGA